AUGAACGAAUUACUGGAAUAUGCAGCGAAAGACAGUAUCAGUGGAGGGAACGCAGCCGUUCUGGGUGGAGGACUUCUUGGACUGGAAGCAGCCAAAGCGGUGGACGACCUCGAAACUAUCAAAGAUGUUACUAUCAUCCACAGGCAGGCAUAUCCCCUCUCUCGUCAACUAGAUACGCUCGGUGGAGAGAUUGUUCGUCGUCGCAUUGAGGCACUCGGAGUUACAUUCCUCGGGCCCGCCACCGUAUCGCACCUCGUUACCAACCCUUCUGGUGCACUCUCCGCUCUUGAGCUCACCGACGGCUCCACUGUGCCCUGCAGCAUCAUGGUAGUCGCGGUCGGAAUCACACCCAGAGACGCGCUCGCGCACGCAUCUGGAAUCACAUGUGCACCAGGACGCGGGAUUGCAGUAGACGACAGCCUAUGCACCAGUGCUCCGGACGUAUUUGCUAUUGGCGAGUGCGCAAGCUGGCAUGGACACACGUACGGACUUAUUGCACCAGGUGUUGAGAUGGCGGAUAUCCUGGCGUUCAACCUCACCCAGACCCAUACCGACGUGGGGGAAUUUAAGCCAAGGAAGAUGAAUGAUCCAGAUCUAUCGACGAAGUUGAAGCUCAUGGGUGUUGAUGUAGCCUCCUUUGGAGACUUUUUCGCGGAACAACGUCUUGCGACCUGCAGUUCCAUGAACGCUUUGGCUCGCAUGCGACAAUCUACUCUCGCCGACGCCGUCUCGAUCUCACGCAAACAACGCGAUGCGAAUCGCCCUAACCCAGUCUGGGAAACCACCACAGCACUCGCCGAAACACAAGCACCCAUGACCGCGGAUGGAAGCCACGGCUCUGACACCACGACGAAUAUGAUAACGGGAUUGAACUCAGGAUCUGAUGUCAAGGUACCACGAGAUGUAACGUCUCCGCGAAAACGCCAUGGUACUACUGUUGCAGCAGAUAGUCGUGUGGAGACUGUCACGUAUCGUGAUCCAUUCGCUGGCGUUUACAAGAAGUACAUAUUCAGUGCAGACGGUCGUCACAUCCUCGGUGGGAUGAUGGUUGGUGACACGGCCGAUUACAUCAAACUCGUCGCACUAGUGAAGAAAAAGAAAGCUCUGGAAGUCCCGCCGUCACAGUUUAUUAUCGGCUCAGGAACGAGUGCCGGCGACGCAGGUGAUGAUCUUGAUGAUGAUACACAGAUAUGCAGCUGUCAUAAUGUAACUAAGGGACAGAUUGUGCAAUGUAUAAAAGACGGCGCGGAAACCAUCGUUGAUAUUAAGAAGCGCACGAAGGCAGGCACAGGAUGUGGCGGUUGCGUGCCCUUCAUGACAAACCUAUUCAAGGCGAAAAUGAAGAAGGCCGGCAACGUCAUUAGCGAUUCCCUCUGCCCGCAUUUUGCCAUGUCCCGUGCCGACCUAUUCGAUGUCGUCAAAUUCAAGAAACUGAAGACUUUUAUGGAGAUUAUGGAGACGGUCGGUGUCAACAAGAAGUCGAUUGGUUGCGAGGUGUGCAAGCCUGCCAUAGGAAGCAUACUUUCGUCCUUGUGGAACGAGCACAUCAUGAACCCAGCACAUCAUGCGAACCAAGACACGAAUGACAGGUUCAUGGCGAACAUUCAGCGCAAUGGAACUUUCUCUGUCGUUCCUAGGAUCGCUGCGGGAGAGAUCACACCUGACAAACUCAUAGUGCUGGGACAAGUCGCGAAAAAGUACGGGCUCUAUACCAAGAUAACUGGUGGGCAGCGUGUGGACAUGUUUGGUGCACAAAAGGCGGAUCUACCAUCUAUCUGGAAAGAGCUUACCGACGCCGGAUUUGAGAGUGGGCAUGCAUAUGGAAAAGCCUUGCGAACGGUCAAGUCUUGCGUUGGUACGAACUGGUGUCGCUAUGGAAUUGGCGAUUCUGUCUCACUGGCCAUUCAGCUUGAAGAACGGUAUAAAGGGAUACGUUCACCUCACAAACUCAAGGGUGGCGUUUCCGGAUGUGUCCGAGAGUGUGCCGAGGCUCAGGCAAAAGAUUUCGGACUCAUUGCAACUGAUAAGGGUUGGAACAUAUUCAUAUGCGGUAAUGGAGGUGUCAGCCCGAGACAUGCUACUCUUUUCGCCAGUAAUGUGCCACCAUCCAAAGUUAUCAACAUUUUGGAUCGUUUCAUUAUGUUCUAUGUACGAACUGCUGAUAAACUCAUGCGAACGGCCCGGUGGCUGGAUGAGAUGGAAGGAGGUAUUGAGAGGUUGAGGCGUAUCCUUCUGGACGAUGUACUCGGGAUUUGUGAGGACCUAGAGCGCGAAAUGGAAGACCUCGUAGGGACGUACUUCGAUGAGUGGAAGGCGGUGGUCGACGACCCUGAACGUCAAAAACAGUUCCGUCAGUUCGUCAAUACAGACGAACGUCGACAUCAAGUCGAGCAGAUCACAGAACGUGGACAGCCCCGUCCCGCAGAUUGGGCGAAGAAUUUCCCCCCGGUGCAUUUGAGUGAAGACGACCUCAAGACACCAAAGUCUAUGUGGAAAUGGAGGAAGAUGGCACAAGUAGCUGAUUUGAUGCCCACGCAGGCUGGUACGACGUAG